AGUCCUCGCGCAUCAAGCCGCAUUAGCUGUAAAGAGGAAGCCGACGAGACGUACCGAUCUAAAACAGAUCAAAUUGUCUCUCAAAUAAUAAAAUGAGAUGAAGAGACAACGCUUAAGAAAGGUAAAAAGUCCUCAGUCUAGGCAUCCUUCAGUUACAAGUGUGUGACUAAAAAAGACAGGGAUUAGGAUCUGUGUACACACUAAUCCCAGAGAAGAAGACGCACGUGGGAAGCAGAGAAAAAGCACACAGAGAUGAACAAAUGAGAGGGAGUGGCUGUUUUCCACGUGAGGCCCCCAUUUCUGAAUGACCAAACAGCCAAAGAUGUUGAAUGAGAGGAAGCGGCGUACGAGAAGCAUGGACCAGAGAGAGCAGUGCGGAGCCUCAUUAUAGCACCCAGGCAAAAAUCACAACCCUCUUCUGUCUAUUUUUAUCGUUGGUAAUACACCGCACCAAUUAAAUCAGGAACAUCUGAUGAGGGCCGGGGAGAUGUGGGAUUGAGGGGCAGGAAAAGCUGUCGCUGUGCACCUGGCCGCUCGGCUGAAGAAACAGACGACUCUAGACAUCUGCUCGUUUGCGCUUGGAUAUGCGUGUCACUUUGAGUCGAGAUGAGGAGGUGAAAAGCUAAUUUAGGAAAUUGACACAGGCGUACAAAACAACAUGUGAAGGUGGUGCUGUAGGGUUAGGUCUCCUGCCAUGAGCUAAGCCCCCCAGUGGCCUGUGGCAGGAUGACUGCUGUCUACCCGGCUGGGGGGGGCUCCGUCGGGGUCUCAGCCGUGGCCACGGUCCCCCAGCAUUACGCACGAUGGAGCCGACAGGACAGUUCUGACAUCUGCACAGACGAUGAAGGACCCCAGCUGCGUCGCCUCACCCCGCUGGAAAAGCUCAAUCUGGACAUGUGCCAAGAUGAGAAGAUGGUACGAGAGCUCACUGUGGGCCGACGCAUUGGCUUCUAUAAGAUACGCGGUGAGAUCGGCUGCGGAAACUUCUCCCAUGUCAAACUAGGCAUCCACGCUCUGAUGAAAGACAAAGUGGCCAUCAAGAUCUUGGAUAAGACCAAACUCGAUCAGAAGACCCAGAGGCUGCUCUCACGUGAGAUAUCCAGCAUGGAAAAGCUGCACCAUCCGAAUAUCAUCCGUCUGUAUGAGGUGGUGGAGACGCUGACCCGUCUGCACCUGGUCAUGGAGUACGCAAGUGGAGGGGAACUCUACACAAAGAUCAGCACAGAGGGGAAGCUCUCUGAUAUCGACAGCAAGAUUGUCUUCUCUCAGGUUCUUUCAGCUGUGAAACAUAUGCAUGACAACAACAUCAUUCACAGAGACCUGAAAGCAGAGAACGUGUUUUACACCUGUAGCACCUGUGUUAAAGUAGGUGACUUUGGCUUCAGCACCGUCAGCCGUCGCGAUGAAACCCUCAACACCUUCUGUGGCUCUCCCCCUUACGCCGCCCCUGAGCUAUUCAGAGAUGAACAUUACAUCGGUGUUUGCGUAGACAUCUGGGCUUUGGGGGUCCUGCUGUAUUUCAUGGUGACCGGCACCAUGCCCUUCCGUGCCGAAACGGUGGCCAAGUUGAAACGUAGUAUACUGGAUGGGACGUACACGGUGCCUACAUGGGUACCCGAACCGUGUCAGAAGCUGAUUAGAGGAAUCCUACAACCGCAACCGUCUGACCGCUACAGUGUAGAACAGAUGAUGGGUUGUGAGUGGCUGUUGCCGAUAGAGUUUCCCAAAGCCAUGGAGCCAUUUAAACUAGACCCAUUGUACUUGGCUGAGUCCGGUCCGAGGGAGCUGGAGGAGCAUGAGAUUGAAGUUAAGAACGCCCUGGAGAACCUUGGCAUUACUGCAGACCACAUUCGUAACAACCAGGGCAAAGACUGUAGGAGCUCCAUUACAGGAGUGUAUAGGAUUUUAUUACACCGGGCACAUAAACGACAAGCAGUGGAGAGUAUGCCAGUAGUUACCCAUGUAGUAAAUGCAACUGAAGUUAAAAAGGACCGUCUGAAAGCAUACCGGAGCCUUAGACAUACGUCCAAACUCUGCAUCAUUUUAUGAUGCUAAAAUAUGGGAAACCUUUGAUUAUGUAUAAAGGAUGGUAACUUAGUAGUUAUGUUUGAUAUACCUCUUUUGUUAUCUUUUUCAUUGAAAAUGAAUUCAGCCUUGAAUGGAAUGUGUGACAGCAGCUGGCCUGAAUGUUUUUGAGCGAAGCAAGACUUUUGUCCUGAUGUCAUGAAAGUUGUAUUUCAGAUAUUUAAUAAAGUACUUUU